AUGUCUCUUGACGAGAAGGCCCCCAAAGAUGUGGUGGGCUCGGCCUCGUCCGUCGAUGACACGGCGUCCGGCUCCGUCGAUGCGGCGUGGAAGUAUCUUAACGAUCACCGGGAUGCCGGUGUUGAUACCAGCUCCGUCGACCUCAAUGCUCUUCGCCGUAGGAUCGAUUGGCAUAUCGUGCCGCUCAUGUUCGGAUGCUAUACUAUGCAGUUCCUAGACAAGGUCAUUCUCAACUAUGCUGCUGUGAUGGGCAUCAGCAAGGACCUGAAGCUUGUUGGUAACGAAUUCUCCAACAUUGCCACCUUCCUUUUCGUCGGUCUCCUGUGCUUUGAGAUCCCCAACAUCUAUUUCCUCCAGAUGGUCCCUGCGGCUAAGUGGUUGGGUAUUAACGUCAUUCUCUGGGGUACCGCGACGGCCUGUGGCGCUGCCGCGCAUAACUACACCUCCAUGCUUGUCUCGCGUAUCUUCCUGGGAUUUUUCGAGGCUACCAUCGGCCCUUCCCUGAUGCUCAUCAGCUCUCAAUGGUACACUAAGUCGGAGCAAGCCCCUCGCUUCUCUUUCUGGUAUCUGGGUUUGGGUCUGGGCCAGAUCAUGGGCGGCGCCAUCUCGUACGGCUUCCAGCACGUUGCACCUGGCAGUGGCCUGGCCGGAUGGAGAAUCAUGUUUAUCGUUCUCGGAUGCCUCACGGUCGCUAUUGGCCUGGCCACCCUGCUCUUCGUCCCCGACACUCCGAUGAAGGCCCGCUGGAUGAGCGACACCGAGAAGGUUGCCCUGCUGAAGCACGUCAGUGUUAACCAGACCGGUAUCGAGAGCCGCAAGUUCCGCCCCAAGCAGAUCCUUGAGGCCCUCAUGGACCCCCAGAUGUACCUGAUGACUCUGGCCGUCGUUCUCCUCUCCGUCUCUAGCGGUGUCAUCACCACAUACUCGGCCACCCUUAUCCGCAACUUGGGCUACGACCCGAAGCGUGCUGCUCUGAUGAACAUGCCCUCUGGUGUUGUGAGCAUUUUCUUCACGCUCUUCGUCGGAUACGGUAUUCGCCACCAGGCCAACCGAUGGGCGUGGAUCAUUGCCUGCAUUAUCCCAGCUAUCAUCGGUGGCGCUCUCAUGUCUUUCCUCCCCGUUAGCAAUCGCGCUGGCUGCCUGGCGGGUAUCUACCUUGUCAACGCCGUUGUUGCUCCCCUGACCGUCUUCUACGCCUGGACCGCAGCCAACUUUGGUGGCGCUACCAAGCGUGCAUUCGCCGCCGCCAUCGUCAGCGGUUCCUUCUCCCUCGGUAACAUUAUCGGCCCCCAGACUUUCCAGGCCCGUGAUGCCCCUGAGUACCGCCCGGCUAAGAUUGCCGUCAUGGGCACACAAGCUGGCUGUGCUCUUGUCACGUUGGCUCUCUAUGCCUACUACCGCUGGGAGAACAAGAGACGUGGUGCCAAGCAGCAGACCGAGGACGCCUUUAUGGCCCCUGAGGUCUGGUCCUCCAUGACGGACAAGGAGAAUAAGCAAUUCCGCUAUAGCUACUAG